AAUCUUUUCAAGCCCUGUUGCUGGGGGGAAUCCAUGCAGAGUCCCUCAGCUCAACUAAGCAGUGCCUUUGCAUUUUAAAGGACGCUGAGAAACAGAACAGUGAAGUUUAAAAAUCCAGCCAAAAGGAGAUGCCAAGGGUACUUGCGCCUCUCCCCCCCCCCCCCGCCAUUAAAGAGAGAAGGGCCUCCUCUUCAGCCAGGCUCCACCAGCAAGGCCCAGUUUCUGUGCCUGGCUCCAGCACACGAGGCCUACUGGCAACUGGUUUGCCCAGGCCCUCUGGCACAGCAACCCCAGCUGGCAUGAUGGGACCCUUUUCUCAUGGGCCAAAGAUGCUGCAGCCGCAGGUAACCAGGCUGGGCCCAGGGCUCUCAAGACCAGACCCCUCCAGUCCCCCAGCAGGACCCAACUGGGAAGACGGGAAACCCAUUUGGAGACCUUCUCUACUUUUGAAAGUGGCACAGAAAAGGAACUUCUUUCUAUGGAUUGAGGGGAGACCAUCUGCCAGGAGAGGCAGGAACAAUGCCAUGGGGCUGCGAGGUGGCAGCCGACCAGACACCCGGCAGAUGCCUUGACCACAAGAGAGGAGAGCCAGGGGUGGCGUUGGCGUCAAAACAACAGUGCUGGUGAUGGAGAUGGGUGCCAACUCCUCCAUGCCCUCCCCUUAGCAUCACAGCGGAGGAAAGAGAGCGCGAAGGCGGCUAGAGGAGAAGCAGAGCAGGCCGAGGCCGAGGAUGGAGACGCCUUCGGGGCAGCAGCAGCAUCAGUCCGGGAAGCGGAGCACGCGGAGCGCCGGGGGCCCCUCGACGCCCCUGUCCCCGGCCCGCAUCACCCGGCUGCAGGAGAAGGAGGACCUGCAGGAGCUGAACGACCGCCUGGCCGUCUACAUCGACAAGGUCCGCUCGCUGGAGUCUGAGAACGCCGGCCUGCGCCUGCGCAUCACCGAAUCCGAGGAGGAGGUCAGCCGCGAAGUCAGCGGCAUCAAGGGCGCCUACGAGGCCGAGCUGGCCGACGCCCGCAAGACCCUGGACUCGGUGGCCAAGGAGCGGGCCAGGCUCCAGCUCGAGCUCUCCAAGGUCCGCGAGGAGUUCAAGGAGCUCAAGGCCAGAAAUGCCAAAAAGGAAGGGGACCUGCUGGCCGCUCAGGCCCGCCUGAAGGACCUGGAGGCCUUGCUGAACUCCAAGGAAGCUGCCCUCAGCACCGCUCUGGGAGAGAAGCGCAACCUGGAGAACGAAGUCCGGGAGCUGCGGGCCCAACUGGCCAAGUUGGAAGCCGCCUUGGCCGAAGUCAAGAAGCAGCUUCAGGAUGAAAUGCUUCGGCGCGUGGAUGCCGAAAACCGUCUCCAGACCCUGAGAGAGGAGCUCGAUUUCCAGAAGAACAUCUAUAGCGAGGAGCUUCGUGAGACCAAACGCCGCCAUGAGACCCGCCUUGUGGAGAUCGACAACGGACGCCAACAGGAGUUUGAGAACAAGCUGGCUGAUGCUUUGCAGGACCUGAGGGGCCAACACGAAGCCCAGGUCAGGCUCUACAAAGAGGAGCUGGAGAAGACCUACAGCGCCAAGCUGGAGAAUGCAAAGCAGUCGGCCGAAAGGAACAGCAGCAUGGCAGGGGCCGCCCACGAAGAGCUGCAGCAGACACGCAUCCGCAUUGACAGCCUCUCUGCCCAACUGAGUCAGCUGCAGAAGCAGAUGGCGGCCAAGGAGGCCAAGCUGCGCGACCUGGAGGAUGCCUUGGCGCGGGAGCGCGAGACCAGCCGCCGGAUCCUGUCCGACAAAGAGCGGGAAAUGGCGGAGAUGCGGGCGCGGAUGCAGCAGCAGCUGGACGAGUACCAGGAGCUGCUGGACAUCAAGCUGGCCCUGGAUAUGGAGAUCAACGCCUACCGCAAACUCCUGGAAGGCGAGGAGGAGAGGCUGCGCCUCUCUCCGAGCCCCUCCUCCCAAAAGAGUGGCACUCGAACCCGGGUCUCGCACUCCUCCAUGCAAGGCUCAGCCAAGAAGCGGAAGCUGGGAGACGGCGAGAGCCGCACCAACUUCUCCCACCAUGCCCGGACCAGCGGCCGCGUGGCCGUGGAGGAGGUGGACCUGGAAGGGAAGUUCGUCCGUCUGAGGAACAAGUCCACCGAGGACCAGUCACUUGGAAGCUGGCAGAUCAAGCGCCAAAAUGGAGAAGAGACCCCCAUCGUGUAUCGGUUUCCCCCCAAGUUCACCCUGAAGGCUGGGCAGAUGGUGACGAUCUGGGCAUCCGGUGCCGGCGUCACCCAUAACCCUCCCUCCGACAUGGUGUGGAAGAACCAGGCCUCCUGGGGCUGCGGAGAUAGCUUGCGCACCGCCCUCCUCACUUCCUCCGGAGAGGAAGUGGCCAUGAGGAAGCUGGUGCGCACCGUGGUUAUCAAUGAUGAUGAUGAAGAUGAAGAUGAUGAAGAUGGCCUCCACCACCGUCACCACCAUAGCCACUGCAGCGGAUCUGGAGACCCAGGCGAGUAUAACCUGCGUUCGCGCACUGUCUUGUGUGGCACUUGCGGCCAGCCGGCGGAUAAGUCGGGCGGAGGCACCAAUGCUGCCACCAGCACCAUGUCUUCAGGGUCCUCCUCCUCCAGCCUCACCAUCACGCGCAGCUACCGCACCGGAGGCUCCAGCAUCGGGGAGGGUCUGCUGCCCAGGUCCUACAUCCUGGGCAAUGCCAGCCCACGCCAGCAGGGUCCUCAAAACUGCAGCAUCAUGUAACUCCUGCCGCCCCUCAAUCUGCUCACCGUCUGCGAGAUGAAGCUACGUGUUCCUUAAUGUUUUCAGGAGGAAGAGAAGAAGGAGAAGAAAAGAAGAUUUUUAAAGUUAUUUUCUACACCAGGAAUUUAUACUUUAGUAUAGAUAGAUAUAUACAUAUAUAGAUAUAUACAAAAUGCUAAAGAUAUGUGUCAGGAGUUUUUUUUAAGGGGGGAAAAAACCCACACUUUUUUCAAUAACAAAGAAGAAAAUAGCCUUUUUUAAAAAGAUCCAUGCCAAAGAGAUUGAGUUAAUGCCAAAAAAGAAACCAACCCCAAUGUUAGAAUUCAGUGUCUCUUUUGAUAUGUGUGUAUGUGUAUAUAUAUAUAUGUUUUUCCUUGAAUACCAAAUCUGUUGGCUUGUCAAAGGAAAAACGUCCUUCAGGGUUUAAGGCCCUCGAGGUGGAUAUUUUCACCGCUGGGCAAGUUCUGGGGGUUAUUUUUUGCACUUAUAAACCACAUCUCUCUUGUGGGAUGAGAUGAAUCAGGAAUUGCACCCCAUUGAUAUCCACUUUGGUUAACAGCAGCCUCAACCCAGAUUGACACUCUCCCCAAAAGUGGAACAGUCUGACUCCUGUGCAAACCGAGCUUUGCUUUGCAAACGUGGACAGGAGACUCACAUUUCAAGUUUGCUCGAUGGGAAGAGAUGGACAGAAUUAACCCCGUCCAGAUUGCCUGGUUAUAAAGCACUUUUAAAAUCCAAAAUCUUUGCAAACUGGCUGCGAUGGUAAGAUGCCAUCCAUCCUCAUCAACAAGUUCCAGCUCUCUAAAUUCAAAUUCAAUGCAGCUCCACAGAUUUGCAAAGUGCAAUGCAGUGAAUGAAUGAAUAUAAUGAAUAAAUAGACAUUCAAGGGCUAAACGCUAGUCUUAGUUCCAGCUCAAGCCGAGGAGCGGUGCUUGCUAACUUGGUUGAGUUGGAUCUAAAACUGGGUUUAGCCCUGUGUUUCCAUCCAGCCUCAAAAGAGGCGCAGACUCUUAAUCCAGAUUAAGGGCAUUCUACAUAGGAUGUGUUUACACCCUUAAAAGGGGGGAAAAAGAGAGAGAUCUGGAUUGUCUUUCCUAACUUACAUGAAAAAUUCAAGACUUGUAUGUUUUUUUGACAGCCGCUCUUCACCAUUUUCAGGGUGGCGAUUGAUGCCCACUUUUGGCUUCAAGGAACAAUUGGCAUCGACAAAUUGGGGAAACCCACCUUGGUUUGGAAACAAGACUUUAAAUGACUUUCCCUCUCGGUAAAGAGAGGGGAAAAGUGGCCUGGGCCAAAGCCACUGACCGCUGAGACGCUUGCUUCUCUUGACCUGCCUUGCUUGAGUUGCAGCUGCUGUUAACCUGCGCUAUGCUGUAAUAGCCAAUAUCCAUGCUGUUGGGCCGACAUUUACGUACUGUAUAUUGUUCUUCAGUGGCACUUUUUGAGGGCGACCGAGACGGUCAGGAGCGCACCAAAAUGUGCCUUUGGGACCGGUGAGGUGGCACUAAGCCCUGGGAAGCCAGAGUGGAGCAUAGCUUGGAUAAGGUUGCUUUUUUGACUUGGGGUGACCAUUAACUGCCCCAAUCCUCUCCUCCUGUUGCAGCCCACAGAUAGGAGCAGUCUGAAUAGAAAAGGCUAACUUUCCCAAGCUCUGAGAGAGAGAGAGAGGAAGACAGGAAGGAAAGGUCAGUUUUGCAUCGUGAGACCUUGGUGUUUUUGCUUUAAAGGGGAAGAGAAAGGGAGCCAAAAGAGGUGAGGAGACCCUGUGCCUUCCAGGGUUGAAGCCUGGCUGCAAUGUCCUCCGGUGGGCUGUUGGAUUUCUUAACCAAAGCUAUGCCAAGUAGGCUUGGGCUUAGGCUGGGUUUUGGGUUGGUGUUUGAGUCCCCCUGUGUGUCAUUUCCCAGCCGUGGAUGGUGGCUUGGACCUGUGGACAAUGGAGCCCUAUGUUUGUUUUUGGCUUCCUUUCCCCUUCUGUACCAACAGCCAAAUAGCUACCAACCAAGGCCUUCCUCCAUUCAAUGGAGAUCAGUCAUAAUUACUUCUUUUGCUUGAACAUUUUGAACAACGGUUUCAAAUGGCUUGGGCAGACGCAGCUCUCAGGAGCAGACCGGAUUGCAGUUCCCAGUAUUCCUCCCCCCUUCAGCCGUGCCGAGGCUGAUGGGGCUUGCAAUCCAGCAGCACCCAGCCCACCGCUGGUUAUUCAGAGGCUCCCUUUGGUUUCUCCUGGGUUGUGCGUGAUUUUUAAGGGAGAUUUUCCCAGCUUCCCUCCACCUUCCUCAGCCCAAAACGGAUGCUCCCUUGUGCAGUUCCUUUGUUUUUCAGGUUAAGGUUCUGGGAGAGAGAUUAGUUUGAGAUUUAGGCCUGGAUGGGACUGUAGGAAAACAGACUUUGAAAAGGCAGGGGCAUUUGGGGCUUCCCAGGCCAAAGGCGGUCAUCCGGUUGCUCCAACCAGAUGCCCAAAAAACUUGUUAAGAUUGGUGAGGAGGUAACUGCCGCACGGCGCCGUAUGGUCCCUCUAGGAAUAAAAACCCACCCGCUUGAUGCCUUAAAUGAGAGCCCUUCCGGAGUUUCUCUGCGGAUCGGCCGAAUGCCUGACUUUGUCCCGGAGACGCCACUGCUUUUUUCUGAUCUUUCUUUCCCUUGGUUUGUACCGUCGAUUUCCGCCGCCGCCGCCGCCGUCUCGGUCUGCGGGGAUUUUGCUUUGCUGAGCGCGCGGCAAAUACUGCAGCAGCAGCAUCUCUGUAUUUUCUUAAAACCAAUACACGUAACAAGAAGUCUACCCAA